GAAUGCAAAAGUUCAAAUAAUUGAUGUGAAGAUUAUACGAAGGGACUCACAAGCGCCUAUUUCGUUAUUGAAAAAAACGAUGUUUUUUUGGACAAGAAGCUCGGUAUACCUACUCAUCACAGUGUUCUUCAUUCCCUGCUUUGGAGACAAUCCCCCAUGUCCACUCGAUUACUAUUCGGAGAAGGACUAUAAGGAAAACGAAAUGGAGAGUAAUUCAGAAGGAGGCGAGCAACAGAGUGGACUUACUAUAAACGAUAUAAUGCCGGAAGAUCCCAAUAACUACGACAAAAUGAGACCACCGAAAAAAAAUGGAAUGCCCACUACAGUGUAUUUUCAUGUAACUGUUAUGGGUCUGGACAGUAUCGACGAAGGAUCUAUGACUUACGCUGCUGACAUUUUUUUCGCGCAAACCUGGAAAGAUUACAGACUCCGUCUACCAGAAAAUAUGACGACUGAAUACAGACUUUUGGAGGUGGAUUGGUUGAAGAAUAUGUGGAGGCCGGAUUCUUACUUCAAAAACGCUAAAUCUGUCACUUUUCAAACUAUGACAAUACCGAAUCACUACAUGUGGCUUUAUAGGGAUAAGACGAUUUUAUACAUGGUCAAGUUGACUCUUAGGUUGUCAUGCGCUAUGAACUUCAUGAUAUACCCGCAUGACACUCAAGAAUGCAAACUUCAAAUGGAAAGUCUCUCUCAUACAACAGCAGAUAUGAUUUUUCAAUGGGAUCCAGACGUGCCCCUUGUGGUCGAUAAGAAUAUAGAAUUGCCACAGCUCGCACUUGUUGAAAAUCACACUGCAGACUGCACCCAAGUUUACUCAACAGGCAACUUCACUUGUUUGGAGGUGGUUUUUCAACUGAAGAGACGUUUGGGGUAUUAUUUGUUCCAUACCUAUAUUCCAACAUGUCUUAUCGUUAUUAUGUCGUGGGUAUCUUUUUGGAUAAAACCAGAGGCUGCACCAGCUAGAGUGACAUUAGGAGUUACUUCCCUACUAACCCUGUCGACACAACAUGCCAAGAGUCAAGCUGCUUUACCUCCAGUGUCCUACUUGAAAGCAGUCGAUGCUUUCAUGUCAGUUUGUACCAUAUUCGUUUUUAUGGCUUUGAUGGAAUACUGCUUAGUCAACAUAGUCCUUGGCGACUCCGAUCAACCUAAACCUCCGCAGCCCAAUCCCAAAAUAGAAUCCAUCGUCGAAGGACCAACCACAAAGGAAAACUCUUUCCUCUUGAGUGGAAAACCCAAGGUUGCCCCCACCAUAUCACCAGCUCAGAGGGCCAGAAACCAAGCUAUUUAUAUCGACCGAUUUUCUAGGGUAUUUUUUCCGCUGCUCUUCGCUGUUCUCAAUGGAACAUAUUGGAUUCUGUUCGCCGAAUACAUAUAAGUUGCUAAAUUAUGAAAAUGUUGAUAACAUUGAGAAAAACAAUUUUAUUUGAUUUCUUAUGAUAUGGUUUAUUCGGAUAAUUACACUCAAAUAAGCGAAUGCUUUUCAUGGAAAAAAUUCGGAGUUGGUAAGUUGGUGAGUUUGAUUCAGAGAUAGAGGGCAAAGAUUAUAGAGUAACUCUAUAAUUUUGAUAGAGGAGAGUCCUUUCAUCUCUUGUUUGAUUUGACGCGUCAUAUGGGUUAUAUUAUGGUUGUAACAUUCAUUUUAGGCUUCUAUUGUACAUAACUAUUUACAAAUGUAUAUAAAUAAAUUGGAAGUUCGUCGUUA